GACGACGCAUGGGCCAAGUGCGAUGAGAUUUUUGAACUCUGGAAAAACAAAAUCUUCGAACAUGACGUUCUCCGAGACAUAGGUCGUUUUGUUGACAAGCAUAGAGGAGGGGUUCCAGAGCAGCUUUUCGGCCCAGAGCGAGGAUCGUUCCAUUUUUGGUUUCAGAUGCAAUUCAGCGAUGAAGGCUCAGCCGUAAUACGGUUUCCUUGCCCUGGUGCUUCCAUGUUCCCAGAGGAGAAGGUGAAGCGCGAGGUCGCGGUGAUAGAGUACCUAGAAUAUUUUACCAACCUGCGCGUCCCUCACGUUCUGCAUUACGGGAUGACCGAAGAGAGCCCCAGGGGCCUGGGGCCCUUCAUCAUCAUGGAACACACCAGCAACGAGGGCGACUUCAUCGAUGCGAUCAAUAUCCCCGGUCGGUCGCGCGACGAGCGCGCGAUCUUGGACCCCAAUGUCUCGCAAGAGAGACUCGAAUUGGUUUACAGCCAGAUGGCAGACAUCAUGCUUCAGCUCUCCAAGCAAUCGUUCACCGAGAUCGGCUGCAUCGGCAAGGCCAAUGAGGGCGACAAAUUCGAUGAUCGCUGGGUGGUCAAGCACCGUUCGCUGACCUUCAACAUGAAUGAGACGGUUCUACCGACGUUUAUCCAAGUGCUGCAGGAACGGGAGCAAGCGGCCAUUGACCGCGGCACGCUCACAGAGGCCGACCGACUGUCCGGCCACAUGCUGGAUAGUUGGCAUAGCGGGGACUUUUGGUUGAACUACGCGGCCAGGAAGAGUUGGGCGUUCGAUAUGAUCUACUGGGUCAAGAUUGACAGGCGAUUCUUUGGGGAUGGAGAUCUUGAUAGCCGACUCCAGCUCCUGACUCCGGAGGAUCGAGAACAGAUGGAGGUCUUGAGUCCGGAGAAACAGGGGGAUUGA